AUGGCCUAUAGUUCGGAUUUUAACGAUUUCACUUUCAGCCUUUGCACCUUGAAAAGUUUUCUUCCCUUCCAGCCAUCAGCUCCACCAGACAUGUUUUCUCUGUCGCUACGGCAAACAUUAAGGCCCCUUUUCCUCAGGGCUUCGGGAUGUUUGGGCCGGGAGGGGCAACUCACAGCCGAGGCGUCCAGACGAGGCCUCAGCAGCGCCGGGGGCUGGACGGGACAGGAGAGCCUGGCCCAGGAUGACCCCGAGAUGUGGAGCCUCCUGCAGCAGGAGAAGGACAGGCAAUGCAGAGGACUGGAGCUCAUCGCAUCAGAGAACUUCUGCAGCCGUGCGGCUCUGGAGGCACAAGGCUCCUGCCUGAACAACAAGUACUCUGAAGGAUAUCCUGGACAAAGGUACUACGGAGGUGCAGAGGUGGUGGACCAGAUUGAGCUGCUGUGUCAGAAGCGAGCGCUUCACGCCUUCAAUCUGGAUCCAGAUCUGUGGGGCGUCAACGUCCAGCCCUACUCGGGAUCCCCCGCCAACUUUGCGGCCUACACCUCCGUCCUGCAGCCUCAUGACCGCAUCAUGGGCCUGGACCUGCCCGACGGAGGACACCUAACCCACGGUUAUAUGACAGAUACCAAGAGAAUCUCCGCCACCUCCAUCUACUUUGAAUCGAUGCCCUACAAACUGAAUCCUGAGACCGGUCUGAUAGAUUAUGACCAGAUGGAGAAGAACGCCCGUCUCUUCAGACCCAAAGUCAUCAUCGCUGGAACCAGCGCCUACGCUCGCCUCAUCGACUACGCUCGCAUGAAGAAGCUGUGCGUGGAGCUGAAUGCCUACCUACUGGCAGACAUGGCUCAUGUCAGCGGCCUGGUGGCAGCAGGAGCGAUUCCCUCUCCCUUCCAGUACGCCGACCUGGUCACCUCCACCACACACAAGUCCUUACGUGGAGCCAGGGCAGGUCUGAUCUUCUACCGGAAAGGUGUUCGGUCUGUGGAUAAGAAAGGUCGGGAAGUGACCUACGACCUCCAGGACAGGGUCAACUUUGCCGUGUUCCCGUCGCUGCAGGGAGGACCUCACAACCACGCCAUAGCCGGGGUGGCCGUCGCCCUCAGACAGGCCUCCACUCCCAUGUUCAAAGAGUACAUUGCUCAAGUGCUGCUGAAUGCCAAGGCCAUGGCUGAUGCCCUGCUGAAAAAAGGCUUCACCCUGGUGUCAGGUGGAACAGACAACCACCUGGUCCUGGUUGACCUUCGACCUCGCGGGAUGGACGGCGCCCGGGCCGAGAGGGUUCUGGAGCUGGUGUCCAUCACGGCCAACAAGAACACCUGCCCCGGGGACAAGAGCGCCCUCACACCCGGAGGACUCAGGCUGGGAGCUCCUGCUCUAACUUCCAGGCAGUUCAAAGAGGCAGACUUUCGGAAAGUUGUGGAUUUUAUUGAUGAAGGGAUCAACAUCGCACUGGAUGUGAAGAAGAAGACUGGCAACCUGGCCAGCUUCAAGUCCUUCCUCCUGCAGGACCCGGAGACAGUGUCGCGCAUCGCAGACCUCCGCCAGCGGGUGGAGCUGUUCGCCAGGCCCUUCCCCAUGCCCGGGUUCACUGACCACUGACAGCACCGUGCUCAUAGAAGUAGAACAGAUAGAAAGGGAAUUGUCCGGUCAUGUAAUGUAAGCAUCCUCUUAGAGCACCUGAAAUGGCUGCCGUGGGAGUUUGAUAAUGUUGUCAUGGAAACAAACACAGUGUUAAGUUCAUUCAAGCGGCCCCUGCAGUAUUCAGUGAAACCUCGGCUUUCUGUACUUGCCGUGCUCUCUUCUGGUAACCAAAUAUGCUGAUUUCUUCCCAGCAGGAAACCCCGUUCUAUCUGUUCCAGUUCUGCACCACGUCGGCCCCUUUAUUCUCUCCUGAGUGACUGAAUUUCACACAAACGCAGCGACAGUGAACCGCGUGUAGCGAUUGAUUGAAGUACAAACUGACUGAUAAUGUGAUAACUCGUCAAAAUGUCUUGAACCUGCCGCUCUAAAAACUUCAUUCAAGCCUGUUAAAAACUCACAGAUAAUGUAACCGGAUCUUAUUAUUACAUCAACAGCCAAUUUUUACUUCUUGAGGACUCUAGCAUUUUUAACUGAUGAUGUAAUAAUACUGACUAAUAAUGUAAUAACCUGAGAUUCACUCUUACAAGAUAAUACAUUACUACACAGUAUUAUUGUUACAUCAUUGGUUAAUAUUUGACACAUUUGCUUACAAUGUAAUAAUUGAUUGUUGUUGUUACAGUAUCAUGCAAACUGUGACAUUAACAAGUUUGUGCAGCGUUUUCAAUUCAUUUAAUGGGACAUUUUGUUACAUUUUUUUUACAAUUGUUACAUUGUCCAGCAGUUAUUACAUCACCGGUUGCUACACCGUGUCCUCUCCUAACUUUCCUAACAGGGUAGUUGUCUCAUGCUCUGAGCCAAGAGGGACCUAAAGUGCUUCAGUUAUGUGGCUUUUUUUUUUUAUUUGCUAAGCCAUCUGCCAGGCCCUUAAUGUCAGCCUUUGUUCCAGACUCUGGGAAACUCACAGUGGCUCUGUUGGAAAUUCAGCACACAUUCAGUUUACACUCGCAUAACCAUUAACCGAGAGGGGAAGCGAUGAAACAGUGCCAAAUUUCAGAACAAAGAUUUUUUUUUAAUGCCUUUUUCUUGCAUAAUUCACCUUUUGUACAUUGAUUUGUGUUAUUGAUUUGAUAUGCAAUCAUUCAGCAUUUGUGAAUAAAUAGAUCUUUAAAAAAUACCAUCACAUUAAAUAACAAAAAUAAAAUAAUAACUGCUUAUAGGUUUGUUUGUAUUUUUUCUGGUUUAAUAUACUUUUUCAAGCCCUUUUAUGUGACUUGCAUUGCUCCCACUGCCCCAUAAACUCCUGCUUGUGUACAAUGGAUGUAUACAG